AACGUGAAUUUAGGAGAUGCUCUUGUAUUCCUUAGAGAAUAUGAUAGUGCAGCUUCGUUAAUGUGUACGAGAGUGAUGAUAGCCCAAUGGAACUUUGCGACAAACGUUACUGAUGCAAAUCACCAAAAAAUGGUAGAUGAACAAACAUUAAAAUUAAAAUUUGAAAGAUCUUCUUGGCGGAAAGCAGUUACUUUUGCUUGGAGUCGAAUACCAGAUCCUUUAGCAAGAAGGGAACUUAAAAUGAUCGCUACGAAAGGUCGAAGUUCCCUGACUGAUGAUAAAUUCAAUGAGAUACAUCGUUUGAUAGCAGAGAUGAAAGAGAUUUAUGUUAAAGCCAGAGUAUGUUCGUACAAACAAAUUGAUGGCGAAUGUAAUUUGAGUUUAGAUUACGAUUUAAAUAAAAUAAUGGCAACGUCAAAAGAUUACGACGAAUUAUUGUAUUAUUGGCAUGCUUGGCACGAAGUAAUUGGUCCACAAUUACAAAAUAAAUACUUGAGAUAUGUUCAAUUGACAAAUGGAGCAGCUAAAUUGAAUGGUUUUGCUGAUGCUGGUGAUCAGAUGAGAGAGUUAUUUGAAGAUGAAUAUUUCCAACAAAAUAUGGCGGAGAUAAUGUCAGCCGUAACUCCACUCUAUAAAAAUCUUUUCACUUAUGUGCGAUCAAAACUGAUUGAAAGAUACGAUGAUAGAAUACGCGAGGAUGGACCUUUACCAGCACAUGUUUUAGGAGAUAUGUGGUCUCAAAAUUGGGAAGGUUUGUUCGAGUUAGUGCAACCAUUUUCUGUAAGCCAAAAACUCGAUGUAACUUUGGAUAUGAUGAUUCAAGGUAUUACUCCAAUAAGGAUGUUUCAAAUAGCGGAAGAGUUUUUUACUUCGCUUGGAAUGAAACCGAUGCCACCGGAAUUCUGGAAAUUCUCCAUAUUAGAAAAACCUAUUGAUAGAGAAAUUAAGUGCACUCCUAGUGCGUGGGAUUUUUGUAAUAGAAUUGAUUACAGGAUAAAACAGUGUACUAGAGUUACAAUGGAAGAUUUAUUAUCUACCCAUUAUGAAAUGGCCCAUUUGCAAUAUUAUUUACAAUACAAAGAUCAGCCGUUGCUAUUCCGAAACGAAGCAAUUCCAGGAUUCCAUGAAGCUGUUAGUGAUGCCAUUGGUUUAUCCAUUUUUACUCGUCAACACUUACAUAAAAUUGGGCUGCACAAUAAUUUAACGGACGAUUAUGAUAGUAGCAUAAAUUUUCUGAUGUUAAUGGCACUUCGCAAAGUGGCUUAUAUGCCGUUUGCUUAUAUAGUUGAUCAGUGGAGAUGGCGUGUAUUUAGUGACGGUGUGGAAAAUAUGACAGCGCAUUGGUGGGAAUUAAGAUUGCAAUAUCAAGGCAUUGUUCCACCUGUACCCAGAUUUGAAAGGAAUUUUGAUCCAGCAGCGAAAUAUCAUAUCCCAGCAGACAGUCCUUAUGCCAAGUAUUUUGUAAGCACUGUAUUACAGUUUCAAUUGUUCGAAUCUUUGUGUGAAAUUUCUGGUCAUACUGGCGAAUUGCACACUUGCGAUUUUUAUAGAUCACGAGAAGCAGGUCGAUUACUAUCAGAUAUUCUGUCAAUGGGAGCUUCUAGACCUUGGCAAGACGUUGUUAGACAUAUGACAAGAGGCAGGACGAAUAGAAUAGACGCUGAUGCCAUGCUCAAAUAUUUUGAGCCUUUAAAUGCAUGGUUAAAACGACAAAAUAAGAUGCAACCUGUGAUCGGUUGGAUCACAAGUCGCGAUGACAAAGAAAGAUAUCAUCGUUAUAAGGCCGCGUCGUAUAAUUCCUUGGGCCUUGUAAAUAAUAUAUUUGUUUAUCAAAAAUCAUUGAAACAAGAGAUUAAUAAAAAUGGUAUUACCCUGGCAUAUUAUUCGGACUUUAAACAAAGCUCUGAUGGUGAUUGCCAAAAACCUCAAACAGAACAAAAAUUGACAGUAUUUCAAAAAAUGAAACAAAUGACUAAAGAUUACUGGCAUGUGUUAAUACCUGUGCAUGUGAUUACUUCUAUAGGAUGGGUAGCUAUAUUCUAUACUGCUGUUAGGAAUGGUGUGGAUGUAGUCCAGUUGUUGGAAUAUAUGAAUUUUAGCGAAAAAUACAUAGAUUUAGUACGUAAUUCGAGCGCUGGUGACUUUGCCAUUACUUAUGCUCUUUAUAAGAUAUUUACCCCAAUCAGAUAUACUGUUACUGUUGGAGGAACGACAAUGGCAAUUCGAUAUUUGAGCAAAUUAGGCUACGUGAAGGCAUUGUCAUUCAAGCUUCAAUCAGUAGAGCCAGUACAGUCAAAUAAAUGUGCAGCAGAAAACAAGAAAAAAUUCAAGGCAGAGUGUAAAACGGAUCGACACUCGGAAUCGUCAAAACCAUAAAUUACUGCCGCACUAUGUCGGACUUACUGGUCGGACUGGGCUUGACGUAGCUCGGGGAUUUGUUGUAUAUUUCUGUUCAUAAAUAUAUAUUAUAUCAUUGUAAAUCAUUUCCUGCAUUAAAUAUUCCUUCAUUAUUUAUCCCGUUCAUCAUUCCUCAUACAGUCAAAGUAUAAUAUAUCAAAGAGUACAAUGGAUCAAUGCAAAAUAUCGAAUAAAAAGUGCAUUUACUGCAGUUUGUCUUUAUUGAAGGAUAGUCAUUUAUACACACUGCAUAUGCAAUUUAAAUAAGAUUAUACUAGUUAUCUACAAUAUGCGCGCGAAUUUAAAAUUGUAUAUAACAAUUACGCUUAGACCUGAAGAAUAACAAUAGUUAUUUGGCAGCUCGAGUUGUGCGUCUUUCAAUGCUAUAAUAUUGUAUAUUGAUCGUUAUAGCACGUUUACAUGUUUUUCCAGUCUCGAUUCUAUGCUUUGUGCGAAAACAUUAAAGCAGUCAUUAAAGACUACGAAGUGUAUUUUGACGAACUUUAAUAUUACGAGUACUCGCAGCGAAUCGAUAUAUCUGACUUAAUAAAUACUGUCAAUGAAUGCUAUAUGAAGUACAAUGAAACUUAAUUGAUAGAGGAAAUUUGCAGGAAUGUUCCUGAGAUUCAUAUUUCCGUCAUAAAUUUGUAUAAUAUUACAAUAAACUUUAAAAAAUGUUAUAUACACAUGUUAAAAAGUAUAAAGUUUUUGCUUAAAAACGCAUAAUUAUUAUGCUACUAUAUCACAGUUGCCUGCGCAACUAGUCGUUCUAAUGAAACCACUGCAUUCGCAGAAUAGUACCUUUACUAAAUAUAAUAAAUAAGAAUCGCAUAUAUUAAAUGUACCACUUAUCUAGAUUCUAAAUUAUCUUCGAUUAAAAAGAACUUGUACUCAUAAUCAUAUGCUACGUGUACUGACAUGUCAAAUUGAUCCCAGAAGACAAUAUAAUAUUGCAAUUUCCUAAUUGAAACUAGUUUUAUUAUUUCAAAUUUAUUUUGU